CCGGGAGGCCUGUCAGUCACACAGCUCUGCGUGGGUUAUGGUGGUGGUGGAGGUGAAGCCGCUGCAGCUGGAGAUCUGCGGCUUUAAUGGUUUUAUUCUGCUGCUGCGGAAAACUGAGGAAUUAAAUCACUUCAUCACGCCAUGUAUGGAUUUGUGAAUCACGCCUUGGAACUUUUGGUGUUGAGAAAUUACGGUCCAGAUGUGUGGGAGGACAUCAAGCGUGAGGCGCAGGUGGAUGUGGAAGGUCAGUUCCUGGUCAGAAUCAUCUAUGAGGACGCCAAAACUUAUGACCUGGUGGCUGCUGCCAGCAAAGUGCUGAAAAUAGAUGCAGGAGACAUUCUGCAGAUGUUCGGGAAGAUGUUCUUCGAGUUCUGUCAGGAAUCCGGCUACGACACCAUCCUGCGUGUGCUCGGCUCCAACGUCCGGGAGUUCCUGCAGAACCUGGAUGCUCUUCACGACCACCUGGGUACCAUCUACCCUGGCAUGCGUGCUCCAUCGUUCCGCUGCACCGAUGCCGAGAAGGGGAACAGCCUCAUCCUGCACUAUUACUCGGAGAGAGAAGGGCUGCAGGACAUCGUCAUCGGCAUCAUCAAGACCGUGGCCCAGCAGAUCCACGGCACCGAGAUCCACAUGAAGGUGAUUCAGCAGAAGAGUGAGGAGUGUGACCACAUCAAGUUCCUGAUUGAGGAGAAGGACUCGGAGGAGGAAGCCUUUUAUGAAGAUCUGGAUGGUUUUGAAGAGAACGGCACUCAGGAGACACGCAUCAGUCCCUACACCUUCUGUAAGGCCUUUCCUUUCCAUCUGAUGUUCGAUAAAGACCUGGUCCUCACGCAGUGUGGGAACGCCAUCUACAGAGUGCUGCCACAGCUCCAGCCCGGUGUGUGUAGUCUGCCCUCUGUAUUCUCUCUGGUGCGGCCGCACAUCGACUUCAGUUUCCACGGCAUCCUGUCGCACAUCAACACAGUGUUUGUGCUCCGGAGUAAGGAGGGCCUGCUGAAUGUGGAGAGUGCAGAGUGUGAGGACGAGCUGACAGGAGCAGAGAUUAGCUGCCUCAGGCUGAAAGGCCAGAUGAUUUCUCUCCCUGAGACGGAGAACAUCCUGUUCCUCUGCUCCCCCAGCGUGAUGAACCUGGACGAUCUGACCCGGAGAGGUCUGUACCUGAGUGACAUCCCACUCCACGAUGCCACACGAGACCUGGUGCUGUUAGGAGAGCAGUUCCGUGAGGAGUACAAACUCACGCAGGAGCUGGAGAUCCUCACUGACCGCCUGCAGCACACGCUCAGAGCACUGGAGGACGAGAAGAAGAAGACGGACAGGUUGUUGUACUCGGUUCUGCCUCCGUCGGUAGCCAAUGAACUGAGACACAAACGUCCGGUUCCAGCUAAACGCUACGACAACGUCACCAUCCUGUUCAGCGGCAUCGUGGGAUUCAACGCCUUCUGCAGCAAACACGCCUCGGCAGAGGGAGCCAUCAAAAUCGUCAACCUGCUCAAUGACAUCUACACCAAGUUCGACAUCUUGACCGACUCGCGCAAGAAUCCGUACGUCUACAAGGUGGAGACGGUUGGUGAUAAGUACAUGACAGUCAGUGGUCUUCCAGAACCCUGCACUCAUCACGCCAAGUCCAUCUGUCACCUGGCACUGGACAUGAUGGAGAUCGCAGGACAGGUGAAGGUGGACGAGGAACCUGUGCAGAUCACCAUCGGCAUCCAUACCGGAGAGGUGGUGACCGGGGUCAUAGGUCAGAGGAUGCCUCGCUACUGUCUGUUCGGUAACACGGUGAACCUGACGAGCCGCACAGAGACCACGGGCGAGAAAGGGAAGAUAAACAUGUCGGAGUACACGUACAGGUGUUUGCAAUCAGUGGAAAAUGCUGAUGCUCAGUUCCACCUCGAGUACCGAGGCCCAGUGACCAUGAAGGGCAAGAAGGAGCCGAUGAAGGUGUGGUUCCUGUCACGGAAAACGCUGUAGAGCAACGAAGAGCGACAAGAUCCCAAGCGUUUCAGUCUUCUUAAUAAAGUGUUAUUGUUAAUUUACAGUCAGAAGCUAGCAUUGUUAUAUUUGAUCAGGAACAUUACUGGAGCUUUGUUUAAUCCGGUUCUUUACUCAGCAGCUGGCUGGAGUUCCUUCAGCAGAUUAUUACACAAUUACAGUUUUUACUGUCAAAGCUCAAAGCUAAUGAUAAAGCAGCAUACUUUCUCAUAGUUAUAUCUGUUUAACUAAAUUAUUUCUAUUUUAAAGGUAAUAGAAAAAAACUCGAAGUACAUCAUGGAUUAUUAUUCCAUUCUUUAGUUCAAUGUAGUGGAGAGCUGAUGACCAGGAAGCAGAGCACAUCCCACUUCCUCUCAUCUUUUACUGAAUGUCUUCUGUUUUAUUACAUGUACACUACCAGUGAAAAGUUUGGACACACCUUCUAAUCCCAUGGUCUUUCCUGAUGUUUAUUUCUCUCUACAUUGUAAAACAAUGCUGAAGGCGGCCGAAAUCCACAAUAAUGUCCUUUGAACAGUUGAUAUUGAGAUAUGUCUGCUACUGAUGCUCUGUAAAGCCUUCAUAACGCCUCUAAUCUGAGGUGCUGUUAAUUGGUGAUUUCUGAGGCUGGUCACUCUAAAUGAACUUCUCCUCUGCAGCAGAGGUCAGUUUUGGUCUUGCUUUACUGGGAUGGUCUUCAUGUGAGCCAGUUUCAUCAUGGUGCUUGAUGGGUUUUGCAAAUGCACUUGACAAUACUGUUCCUGCAAGAACUAUUCCAGAACACCUGACCUUCGUGUCUUAAAAUAACAACUGACUGUUUUUGUUGUCAUUACAUAUGGAUUACUGAAGUCCAUGUGUGUUAUUUCAUAGUUUUGAAAUCUCCAGGAUUGUUCUAGAAUGUAGAAAAUAAAUCCCUAAACAAAAAACACUGAAUUAAAAGGUGUGUCCAAACUUUUGACUGGAAGUGUAUAUUAAAUAUGUACAUCACUAUCUAUCUAUCUAUCUAUCUAUCUAUCUAUCUAUCUAUCUAUCUAUCUAUCUAUCUGUCUAUCUAUCUAUCUAUCUAUCUAUCUAGAUAGAUAGAUAGAUAGAUAGAUAGAUAGAUAGAUAGACAUAGGCAGCCCUUUAGGAAUAUUUUAUGAAGUCCUCAUUUCUAUCCACAGUGUAAUAAAACUACAUGCAGUGUUUUCCAUGUAAACUCUAAUUGUGCUGCUUUACUCACAGUUUAUAAAGGAAUCACUAAAUGUUUUAUCUGUUUAAUAUAUUUAAUAUAAUCUGGUUUGCACCAAAUAAUUUAAUCUGGUUUGCACACACACCAUGGCAUAGAUUUAUGUAUAAAAAAUAAAGAUAAUAAAAAUGAUGAUGAAAUAUGUA